CUCCCUCCUCGCUCCACCUCCCUCUGCACAGCCGCACUGCUGCCAAUUAACUCUCAGCCCUCCGGCCGUCCGUGUGGGGACGCCACCCGUCUUCGCUCGUCUGCUGUGCGACUCUGCGAGCCUCACCUCGAACGCAGGCCCUCUAGGAACCUCGCCUGUGCCCUGCGACCCCCGCCCCCGUCCUCUCUUCCCCCCAACCCCUCCGCUGCCACAGGACGAUGACGGAGACACAGAUCUCGCCUGCCAGGCCUGGUCUGGUCGAUCUGCCCAGCGACCGCAAGCCCCUGGCGCCGCUGCAGGGAGCCUCGAAUAACUCGGGACCAGGAUCCGGUCUCCUGACGCCAGCCCAUCGGCCCAAGCCCAGCGUCCCCCCGAAGCCUUCUCGCCCGGCCUGCCUGGGGAAGCAGCCCCCUCCGCCCCUCCAGCCCCUCCUCUCGGUGGGGAAGGUCAGCUCCCUUGCCGGGCCACGACCUUACGUCCGCCGGCCGCCCUCCUCGUCCACUUCCUCCUCGCCCACCUCGCCCGCCUCCCCUCGUGGCGACCUCCCUCACUUCCGGGUCCGGCCCGUGCCGGUGAGGGAGCCCACCGGGAGGUUUCCUGGGGCGACGGUGGAGGAGGUGCUGGCGAGGGUGGAGGGGGCGAGGGAGGAGGGGGUGCGGAGCCCGGACGGGGUGGCGAGGAGGAGGGGGAGCAGCGAGAGCGAUGGGCGGCCCCGCUUCGGGUCCACGACGUUUUCCUUCUUCCACAGAGACCCGGAGGGCGGAGGGAAGCGGAGGCCGAGGAACGAGGGAGAGGACGGAGGGAGCACCGGCGAGACAGGCAAGAUGGAGGAUGGGGUUUUCGAGGAGUCAGUGGUCACACCACAGGAAGGCCUGGUCUCCGCACGCCCGGGACAGAGGCGAUGGUCGGGGGAUGGCCCCUCACCGUCCAAUGCCGGCCAGGCCGAAGAGAUGGUGACCCCAGCGCCCCCUUCCUCGUCUCCCACCGGCGAGCCCCGGCCCUCCAUGUCCUCCCCGAGCGAGCUCAGCCCCCGUCUCUGGGCCCUGGUGGAGAGGGCGAAACUCAGGGAGGACGACCUGGAGAGUGAGCGUCUGGAAACCGGGCGUCUGGAGGCCGAGAGGCUGGAGAGGGAGCGUCUGGAGGCCGAGACGCUGGAGAGGGAACGUCUGGAGGUCGAGACGCUGGAGAGGGAACGUCUGGAGGCCGAGACGCUGGAGAGGGAACGUCUGGAGGCCGAGAGGCUGGAGAGGGAACGUCUGGAGGCUGAGACGCUGGAGAGAGAGCGUCUGGAGGCCGAGAGGCUGGAGAGGGAACGUCUGGAGGCCGAGACGCUGGAGAGGGAACGUCUGGAGGCCGAGAGGCUGGAGAGGGAACGUCUGGAGGCCGAGAGGCUGGAGAGGGAACGUCUGGAGGCCGAGAGGCUGGAGAGGGAGCGUCUGGAGGCCGAGACGCUGGAGAGAGAUCGUCUGGAGGCCGAGAGGCUGGAGAGGGAACGUCUGGAGGCCGAGACGCUGGAGAGGGAACGUCUGGAGGCCGAGAGGCUGGAGAGGGAACGUCUGGAGGCCGAGAGGCUGGAGAGGGAACGUCUGGAGGCCGAGAGGCUGGAGAGGGAGCGUCUGGAGGCCGAGACGCUGGAGAGGGAUCGUCUGGAGGCCGAGAGGCUGGAGAGGGAACGUCUGGAGGCCGAGAGGCUGGAGAGGGAUCGUCUGGAGGCCGAGACGCUGGAGAGGGAUCGUCUGGAGGCCGAGACGCUGGAGAGGGAUCGUCUGGAGGCCGAGACGCUGGAGAGGGAACGUCUGGAGGCCGAGAUGCUGGAGAGGGAACGUCUGGAGGCCGAGACGCUGGAGAGGGAACGUCUGGAGGCCGUGAGGCUGGAGAGGGACCGUCUGGAGGCCGAGACGCUGGAAAGGGAACGUCUGGAGGCCGAGAGGCUGGAGAGGGAGCGUCUGGAGGCCGAGACGCUGGAGAGGGAACGUCUGGAGGCCGAGUCCCUGGAGAGGGAACGUCUGGAGGCCGAGAGGCUGGAGAGGGAACGUCUGGAGGCUGAGACGCUGGAGAGGGAACGUCUGGAGGCCGAGAGGCUGGAGAGGGAACGUCUGGAGGCCGAGAGGCUGGAGAGGGAACGUCUGGAGGCCGAGAGGCUGGAGAGGGAACGUCUGGAGGCCGUGAGGCUGGAGAGGGAACUUCUGGAGGCCGAGACGCUGGAGAGGGAACGUCUGGAGGCCGAGAGGCUGGAGAGGGAACGUCUGGAGGCCGAGACGCUGGAGAGGGAGCGUCUGGAGGCCGAGACGCUGGAGAGGAAGCGUCUGGAGGCCGAGACGCUGGAGAGGGAACGUCUGGAGGCCGAGAGGCUGGAGAGGGAGCGUCUGGAGGCCGAGAGGCUGGAGAGGGAACGUCUGGAGGCCGAGAGGCUGGAGAGGGAGCGUCUGGAGGCCGAGAGGCUGGAGAUGGAUCGUCUGGAGGCCGAGACGCUGGAGAGAGAGCGUCUGGAGGCCGAGAAGCUGGAGAGGGAACGUCUGGAGGCCGAGAGGCUGGAGCGGGAACGUCUGGAGGCCGAUAGGCUGGAGCGGGAAGGUCUGGAGAACGAGACGCUGGAGAAGGAACAUCUGGAGGCCAAGAGGCUGGAGAGGGAACGUCUGGAGGCCGAGUCCCUGGAGAGAGAGCGUCUGGAGGCCGAGAAGCUGGAGAGGGAACGUCUGGAGGCCGAGAGGCUGGAGCGGGAACGUCUGGAGGCCGAGACGCUGGAGCGGGAAUGUCUGGAGGCCGAGACGCUGGAGCGGGAACGUCUGGAGGCCGAGAGGCUGGAGAAGGAACGUCUGGAGAAUGAGACGCUGGAGAAGGGUCGUCUGGAGGCCGAGUCCCAGGAGAGGGAGCGUCUGGAGGCCGAGUGUCUGGGGAGGGAACGUCUGGAUGAGGCGGCUCGACUGGCGGGUGGGGAGAGUCAGCAAGACCCAGCCGGCCGUCUGGCCAACGUCUCGGUGACCUCCGACUGGAGCCUUUCUGAGUCUUUCGAGUGGUCGAGCCCAGGGGCUGCGGAGAGACUCAGACGGUCCGUCUCCCCACAAGGUGACUGGCCGCAGGGCGGCGGAGGGGAAGAGGCCAGACGUCGGGACGACAGGGGGACAGACGGCCAGACGGGAGGGGGAGAAGUCGGGUGCCGGGCCGGUGGUGACAAGGAGCAGGAAGAGGCCGGGCUGCAGGACGGCGCGGAGACGCAGACGGAGCAGGAAGAGGUCCGACGCCAGGGCAGCGAGGAGACGGGCGGGCAGAUGGAGCAGGAAGAAGGCAGCGAGGGUACGGAGAGCCUGCUGGCCGGUGGUGCGAGCGAGGCUGCGGGCGGUCCGGAAAAGGGUGGCCAGCUCCACGGCCCAGACCCUCCUGGGACGGAGAGGUCUCCAAGCAAGCCUGGCCCGAUGGACCUGCUCCUCCGGAGUUUGAAGCGGCGUUCCAGUCAGCCCGAGCCCCUCGAUGCUGUGGACGGCGGGCAAUGCCACCCCGCCACCGCCGACGGUGAGCUGCUGCCCCCCGAGGCAGAGCCCGCCAGGCAGACCCCACCCUCGGAGGGCGAGGCAGAGCUCGCCAGGCAGACCCCACCCUCGGAGGGCGAGGCGGAGCUCGCCAGGCCGAUCCCACCCUCGGAGGGCGAGGCGGAGCCCGCCAGGCAGAUCCCACCCUCGGAGGGCGAUGCGGAGCCCGCCAGGCAGAUCCCACCCUCGGAGGGCGAGGCGGAGCUCGCCAGGCCGACGCCACCCUCGGAGGGCGAUGCGGAGCCCGCCAGGCAGAUCCCACCCUCGGAGGGCGAGGCGGACCCCGCGAGGCCGAUCCCACCCUCGGAGGCCGAGGCGGAGCUCGCCAGGCAGACCCCACCCUCGGAGGGCGGGGCGGAGGCGGCGGAGGGAUCCCGGAGCGAGGGGGGUGAGGGGGAGGAGCCCCCCCACCCUGGCCCGGCGGCCGGCGAGGAAGGGGCGGCGGGCGCGCCCCCAGAGCGGGAGGUGGUCGACCUCAACUUCCUGGAGGAUGUGGCCAUCUUGGACGUCACCGCCCACAGGAAUCGCGUGGAUCUCAGUCGGAAGAGGCCUCACCGCAGACUGGGCAACCCCUGCACCGCGAAGAAGGGCGGGGAGAGCGCAGAGUGGUGGAUGUUCCGAGAUUCCACGGAGGAGAGGCCGUUGAGGGGUGAGGAGGAGGCGGAGGACGGAGAGGGGAGUCAGCGAGCCAGUAAGGAGACCGGGUCGGGCCGGCGAAUCCCGAGGAUGGAUUCCUCCUUCAAGGUGAAGUCAAAGUCUCGGCACAAGGCUUCGGUGGAGGGGGGGGACCCCGGGGCCUCGGAGGCCCCGAUGUCUCGGUCCCGGUCUCUGCGCUUCCCCUCCCAGCUGGGGCAGGCCUUCCGGAAGGUUCUGCCCACCAAGUCCGAGAAGGGUGAGAGGUCGGAGAGCUCGACCCCAGGCUGGCUGCAAGCCCUCAAGCCAAAGAAGAAGAAAUGAGGGAGCUCCCUCCGUCACCUGUCGCCCUCGGGACCCUCAGGUCAGACUGAUUGCCUGGGCACCCUCCCUGAAAGCAGAGCUCCUGGGAGACGGAGUCCCCAUCACAGAGACCGUCCGUGCUGUUUUAUAACCACAUCGCCUGAUCCUUCGCACUUUUCUCCACUGUCUUCCUAGAUUGGGGGGGGGGGGGUUUAUUU